AUGACCAAUAACAAACCAGUCCCUCUCGCCAUCGAGGACUCCUACCAAAACACACCAAAAGCCUCUUCAUCCACCUUGCAGUCACCGUGCUGCUCUUUCAAACAGAGGAACGUUCCGACCCCAACUACGGAAGCCCAACCAGCCGACCACCCGGACCUCAGACCAAUCACAAUGAAACACAACAGCUUCCUCUUCAUCUUUGCCCUCAUGGGCUCCAUCAACGCUUGCAAAAGCCACAAAGGCGUCGUCGCCUGGACGGUCCUCUGCUGCCGAGAUACAGGAGAUACGGUACUCUGA